GCCCGCCCGCCGGGGGCCUGAGCGCUGGGGCGCGUGCGCGAGCGGUGCAGCACCGGCCGCGGGAGCAGGGAGUAUUAUGGGCUGUGGGUGCCGCUGAGCAAGAUGGAGCUGUCUGCAGUGGGCGAGCGGGUCUUCGCGGCCGAAUCCAUCAUCAAACGCCGGAUCCGCAAGGGACGCAUCGAAUACCUGGUGAAAUGGAAGGGGUGGGCGAUCAAGUACAGCACUUGGGAGCCAGAGGAGAACAUUCUGGAUUCGAGGCUCAUCGCAGCCUUCGAACAGAAGGAAAGGGAACGUGAGCUGUAUGGGCCCAAGAAGAGGGGACCCAAACCCAAAACUUUCCUCCUAAAGGCCCGGGCUCAGGCGGAGGCCCUCCGCAUCAGUGAUAUGCAUUUCUCUGUCAAGCCGAGCGCCAGCGCCUCCUCACCCAAGCUGCACUCCAGCGCCGCGGUCCACCGGCUCAAGAAAGACAUCCGCCGCUGCCACCGCAUGUCCCGCCGCCCCCUGCCACGUCCAGACCCACAAGGGGGUAGCCCUGGCCUGCGCCCGCCCAUCUCUCCCUUUUCUGAGACGGUGCGUAUCAUCAACCGCAAGGUGAAGCCUCGGGAGCCCAAGCGGAACCGCAUCAUCCUGAACCUGAAGGUGAUUGACAAGGGCCCGGGAGGUGGCAGCACUGCGCAGGGCACCGGGGCGCUUGCUCGCCCCAAAGUCCCCUCGCGGAACCGGGUCAUUGGGAAGAGCAAGAAGUUCAGCGAGAGCAUGCUCCGCACCCAGAUCCGCCACAUGAAGUUUGGCACUUUUGCGCUCUACAAGCCCCCUCCCGCCCCUCUGGCGCCCUCUACCGCGGGCAAAGCGGAUGUGGCCUCCUCGGGGUCUGGGCUGCUCCUGGACACCCCAGCAGCUGCCUCCUAUGAUGCACACAGCUCCAGCUCUUCCGGCUGCCCCUCACCCACACUGCAGUCCUCCGACCCAGACGAUGCACCCCCCAAGCUACUCCCCGAGACCAUGAGCAGAUCUGCUCCCAACUGGCGAGAGCCAGAGGUGCUAGAUCUGUCCAUCCCUCCUGAGGUGGCCGCCACCGGCCAGCGCGUGCCUCCUGAUGUCACUGCUGCUGCGGGCCAGGCACUGGAGCCCACAGGUGCCUGUUCCACCGAGCCUGAGGCUGGGGACUGGCGCCCCGAGAUGUCACCGUGCUCCAAUGUAGUCGUCACAGAUGUCACCAGCAACCUCCUGACCGUGACCAUCAAGGAAUUCUGCAGUCCUGAGGAUUUCGAGAAGGUGGCUGCUGGGGUGGCAGGUGCUACAGGGGGUGGCGGCGGCACUGGGCCAAGCAAGUGAGGGGCUUCCCCAAGGAGGGAGGCUUUGGGGGGCCUCCUUCCUGGAGUCAUACUUGUGCUCCCACCCCAUCCCUGCCCUCAGACCCGUCUGCCUGUGCUUUGCUUGCCUCAAAUGGCUCAGUGUUGACCCAGGGAUGGGGCUGGUAGUC